AUGGCAGUCCCCGUCAACCUCAAGGACCGCGACGCUUUCCACCUCACUAUUGAGGAGUACCUCCUCGCCCUGGUGGACCUGACGCAGGAGCUCUCCCGUCUGGCUACCAACUCUGUGACUCUCAGCGACUUUGCCAUGCCCGUCGAGAUCAGUAGCUUCGUCAAGGACCUCUUUGCCGGUUUCCAGCUGCUCAACCUCAAGAAUGACAUCCUCCGUAAGCGCAUCGACGCGGUCAAGUACGACGUCAAGCGUGUUGAAGAUGUUGUCUACGACCUGUCCCUUCGCAACCUGAUUCCACAGAAGGAGAAGGAGGUUGCCACCGACGCGUCAACUUCAGUUGCGAAGGCGUGA